AUAAAGCUGCUGCGCCCCCAAAACACACUGCUUCCUCCUUUCUCCCAAACCCUAGAAUCCCGUUUCCCUCUUCGCCACCACUGCAACCAUGCCGCCGAAGUUCGAUCCGUCUCAGGUGGUGGACGUCUUCGUCCGUGUAACCGGCGGUGAGGUCGGAGCGGCUUCCUCCCUCGCUCCCAAGAUCGGUCCGCUGGGCCUCUCACCAAAGAAGAUCGGUGAGGACAUCGCCAAGGAGACCGCGAAAGACUGGAAGGGAUUGCGCGUCACAGUCAAGCUCACUGUCCAGAACCGUCAGGCUAAGGUGACGGUGGUGCCCUCCGCUGCUGCUCUUGUCAUCAAGGCCCUGAAGGAGCCCGAGCGUGACAGGAAGAAGACGAAGAACAUCAAGCACAAUGGCAACAUCUCGCUUGAUGAUGUUAUCGAGAUUGCUAAGGUCAUGAGCCCUCGAUCUAUGGCCAAGGACUUGAGCGGAACAGUGAAGGAGAUCUUGGGGACUUGCGUCUCCGUGGGUUGUACUGUCGAUGGGAAGGACCCAAAGGAUCUCCAGCAGGAGAUUAGCGACGGUGAUGUUGAGAUUCCCUCUGAGUAAAAUUUUUAUUCUAGAGCAGGAAAUCAACCCUUUUUUCUUCCCUUUUUUGCCCAUGUUCUUUUGUGUUAGUGUUUUCACUUCUGAAAUGUUACUACUCUCAGUUUUGGAUUGUGAAAGAAGUUGAAAGUUUUAGAUGAAUCCCAUGAAUUUAUCCGAAUAUUGGAUCAAUGGUUAGUAGCUUUCUCUGCUUUUAAACUUGCUGUUUGAUUUGAAUGGAUGCAGUGUUCGGCGCAGUUGGGUUGUUGUUUGUUUGAUAUUGGGGUUGGAGAUGGUUACAGUUGUUAAUGAAUGCCUAUUUGGUCG